CUUCACACUAAACCGGCACUAUAACCUACAUUUGAUGCUGAAAACAGAGUGGAGGCAGCCAUGGAAGUGAAGGAACGUAGACCCUAUCGCUCACUCACUGCCCGGCAGGACACCGAGCGCCGUUACACCAGCUCCUCGGCCGACAGCGAGGACGGAAAACCCAACCCCAAAUCCUACAGCUCCAGUGAAACGCUCAAGGCCUUCGACCAUGACUCGAGGAUGGCCUACGGGACUCGCGUCAAGGACAUGGUUCACCACGAAGUCGACGAGUUCGGCCGACAAGGGGCAGAUUUCUCUCUUCGAGACCUGGGCUUUGGAGAGGCUCUCCCAUCCCACGUAGCGGCGUACAGGACAGAAAUGGGGCUGCCGCACCGCGACUACUCUGUCAGCGUGGGCUCGGACGCCGACACGGAGACAGACGGCAUCAUGUCGCCGGAGCACGCGGUCAGAUUAUGGGGACGCAGUAACACCAAGUCCGGUCGCAGCUCGUGCCUGUCGAGCCGAGCCAACUCCAACCUAACGCUCACCGACACCGAGCACGAGAACACAGAAAACGACGGAGCCUUUCAGAACCACUCUCGGCUGCGAACGCCUCCUCUACCGCUCUCCCACUCCCACUCUCCCAAUCACCAGCACCAUGCAGCCUCCAUUAACUCCUUAAACAGGGGCAACUACACGCCGCGAAGCAACCCGAGUCCAGCGCCGACCGACAGCUCCAUCCCCCCUGAGGGCCCGGCCAGUGGUCAAGACUCGGGCAGCGCGCAGGACAACUGGCUUCUCAACAGCAACAUCCCCCUGGAAACAAGGAGCCAGAAUACUCUAAUGUUUAUCAGAGAGGAGCAAGACGCUUGCAGAGAAGGGCAGGGCUCGUACAAAACAAGAAACAUAGCAAAGCAGACAUUCCUAGAGACUUUACAGGACAACCUCAUUGAGAUGGACAUUCUGGCAUCAGCACGCCACGAUGCCACGUACAACGAAGGGCACUUCCUGUUCAAGCCAGGUGGAACAUCACCAAUGUAUUGCACAACAUCACCGGGAUACCCUUUGACCUCCAGCACGGUGUACUCGCCUCCCCCUCGCCCUCUGCCUCGAAACACCUUCUCGCGACCUGCCUUCAGCCUGAAGAAACCCUACAAACACUGCAACUGGAAAUGUGCUGCUCUCAGUGCCAUCCUCAUCUCAGUAACACUGCUGUUCCUGUUGGCCUACUUCAUUGCCAUGCACCUUUUUGGAUUAAACUGGCACCUCCAGCCCAUGCAAAGACAAAUGUACCAGCUGUCAGAGGACAAUACAAGUGGCCUACCUUUUCCCACUGACCUGACCUUACCACCACAAGGCAACACAGGUUUGGAAAUACCUGACCGCAGGGGAAAAGAUGACAGCAAAUUGGACAGCUUGUUCCCAGAUGACAGCUAUAUAGAUAUGGGCGAGAUUGACGUGGGGCGCAAGGUCGCGCAGCAGAUUCCUCCUGGUAUCUUCUGGAGGUCCCAGGUCUUCAUUGAUCAUCCCAUGUACCUGAAGUUUAACGUGUCCCUGAGCAAAGAUGCCUUAGUAGGAAUCUAUGGAAGAAGAGGUCUACCUCCAUCACACACACAGUUUGACUUUGUGGAGCUUCUGGAUGGGCGGCGCCUCCUUGCCCAGGAUAUCCACGGUCUAGAAGGCCCCGCGGCCAUGCAGAGGAGCCUGGUACCCAUUACCACACAUGACACGGGCUUUAUCCAGUACAUGGACUCGGGCAUCUGGCACCUGGCCAUCUACAACGACGGAAAAGAAACCGAAACCGUCUCCUUCCUCACCACCGCCAUAGAUUCUAUUGACGACUGUCCCAGUAACUGCUUUGGGAACGGUGACUGUGUCGCUGGAACAUGCCACUGCUUUUUAGGGUUCAAAGGACCCGACUGUGGGCGAGCCGCCUGCCCGGUGCUCUGCAGUGGAAAUGGUCAAUACCUUAAAGGUCGUUGCAUGUGCCACAGCGGCUGGAAGGGCUCGGAGUGUGACGUUCCCACCAACCAGUGCAUAGACAUCACAUGCAGCAACCAUGGGACCUGCAUCGUGGGAACGUGUAUCUGCAACCCAGGCUAUAAGGGAGAAAACUGUGAAGAAGUGGACUGUCUGGACCCGACAUGCUCCGGCCGAGGGGUCUGCGUCCAGGGAGAGUGCCACUGCUUUGUGGGCUGGGGGGGGCCGGGAUGCGAGAGCCCCCGGGCCUCGUGCAUGGACCAGUGCUCUGGACACGGAGCUUUCCUGGCAGACAGCGGAACCUGCAGCUGUGAUCCCAACUGGACGGGCCACGACUGUGCUACAGAGAUUUGUGCAGCGGACUGUGGUGGCCAUGGCGUUUGUGUGUCGGGCACCUGCCGUUGUGACGACGGCUGGAUGGGCGCCGGGUGUGACCAGAGGGCGUGUCACCCUCGAUGCAACGAACACGGCACUUGCAGGGACGGCAAAUGUGAAUGCAGCCCGGGUUGGAAUGGAGAACACUGCACUAUUGAGGGCUGUCCUGGUUUGUGCAAUGGAAAUGGUAGGUGCACUCUGGGUAACAAUGGCUGGUACUGUGUGUGCCAGCUGGGCUGGAGGGGCACUGGCUGUGACACCUCCAUGGAAACUGCCUGCAGUGAUGUCAAGGACAACGAUGGAGACGGCCUGGUGGACUGCAUGGAUCCAGACUGCUGUCUCCAGGCGACCUGUCACACCACCUCCCUUUGCGUGGGCUCCCCGGACCCCCUGGACAUCAUCCAGGAGACACAGAUGUCCUCUACACACAGCAACCUGCAGACGUUCUACGACCGAGUGCGCUUUCUGGUGGGCAGGGACAGCACCCACAUCAUUCCAGGAGCGAACCCCUUCGACGGAAGCCAUGCUUGUGUCAUUCGUGGUCAAGUGGUGACUUCAGACGGGACGCCGCUGGUUGGAGUCAACAUCAGCUUCAUCAACAAUCCAUCCUUCGGUUACACAAUCACCAGGCAGGAUGGAAGUUUUGACUUGGUGACCAAUGGGGGCAUCGCCAUAGCCCUGCGCUUCGAGCGUGCUCCAUUCAUCACCCAGGAGCACACACUCUGGUUGCCGUGGGGACGUUUCUUUGUCAUGGAUACCAUCGUCAUGCGGCAUGAGGAGAAUGACAUCCCAAGCUGUGACCUCAGCAGCUUCACCAGACCCAGUCCCGUGGUGUCUCCGGCGCCACUCACCGCAUUCGCCGGCUCCUGCUCCGAAAGGGGGACCAUUGUGCCCGAAAUCCAGUCUCUGCAGGAGGAAGUGCCCAUUCCAGGGACGGAGAUGAAACUUGGCUACCUGAGCAGCAGGACCCCCGGGUACAAGUCCAUACUGCGGGUGACCCUCACCCACUCGGUCAUACCGUUCAAUCUGAUGAAGGUUCACCUCAUGGUGGCUGUGGAAGGCAGGCUCUUCAGGAAGUGGUUUCCCGCCGCUCCGAACCUCUCCUACGACUUCAUAUGGGACAAGGCUGACGUCUACAGCCAGAAGGUCUACGGGCUGUCUGAGGCGUUCGUGUCUGUGGGGUUUGAGUAUGAGUCAUGUCCAGACCUCAUUCUGUGGGAGAAAAGGACUGCAGUUCUUCAAGGAUAUGAAACGACUGCCUCCAAACUGGGAGGAUGGACCAUAGACAAGCACCACGCUUUAAAUAUCCAAAGUGGUAUUCUUCACAUGGGCAACGGGGAGAACGUCUUUAUCUCCCAACAGCCUCCUGUAAUCGGCAGCGUGAUGGGCAAUGGGCGCCGACGCAGCAUCUCCUGCCCCAGCUGUAAUGGCCUCGCUGACGGAAACAAGCUGCUGGCCCCUGUGGCUUUGGCCUGUGGCUCAGAUGGAAGUCUGUACGUGGGCGACUUCAACUAUGUGAGGAGGAUUUUCACCACGGGGAACGUCACCAGCGUCCUGGAGCUGAGAAAUAAAGACUUCAGGCAUAGUAACAGCCCUGCUCAUAAGUACUACCUGGCCACCAGUCCGGUCAACGGCGCCGUGUACCUGUCAGACACCAGCAGCAGGAAGGUGUUCAAGGUGAAAUCUCUGAAUGUUGUGAAAGACGUCGCCAAGAAUCUGGAGCUGGUGGCCGGCACCGGUGACCAGUGUCUGCCGUACGACGAUACCCGCUGUGGAGACGGAGGGAAGGCUGUGGAGGCCACGCUCACUAACCCCAGAGGCAUUACCGUGGAUAAGUACGGUGUAAUCUUCUUUGUGGAUGGGACCAUGAUUCGUAGGAUUGAUCAGAACGGUAUCAUCUCUACCCUUCUGGGCUUCAAUGACCUGACCUCUGCCCGACCUCUCAGCUGUGAUGCUGUCAUGGACAUCUCUCAGGUGCGUCUGGAGUGGCCCACAGACCUCUCAGUGAGUCCCAUGGAUAACUCCCUGUAUGUCCUGGAUAACAACGUCGUCCUCCAGAUCUCAGAAAACCACCAGGUCCGUAUUGUAGCCGGCCGGCCCAUGCACUGUCAAGUACCUGGGAUCGACCAUUUCCUCAUGAGCAAAGUGGCCAUCCAUGCCACCCUGGAGUCGGCUAAUGCCCUUGCUGUGUCCCACAAUGGCAUUUUGUACAUCGCUGAGUCAGAUGAGAAGAAAAUAAACAGAGUACGACAGGUGUCCACCAACGGAGAGAUCUCCCUCGUCGCAGGAGCACCGAGUGGGUGCGACUGCAAGAAUGACGCCAACUGUGAUUGUUACUCUGGGGACGAAGGCUACGCUAAGGAUGCUAAACUGAAUGCCCCCUCUUCUCUGGCCGUCUGCCCAGAUGGAGAGCUUUAUAUUGCAGAUCUGGGUAACAUUCGUAUCCGCUACGUACGGAAAAACAAGCCCUAUCUGAAUCCACUCAGUAUGUACGAGGUGUCUUCGCCCAUUAAUGAUGAACUCUAUCUGUUCGACUCAAACGGCAGCCACAUUUUCACACAAAGCCUGACCACAGGAGACCACCUCUACAACCUGACCUACACAGGAGUGGGAGAUGUGAGCAGCAUUACUGAUAAAAAUAAAAAUACAGUGAUUAUCCGCCGAGACACCACCGGGAUGCCUCUGUGGCUGAUGGUUCCCGAUGGACAGACGUUCUGGUUCACUAUCGGCACAAACAACGCCCUCAAAACUGUCGCUGCUCAGGGUCAAGAAUUGGCUGUAAUGACGUACCACGGAAGCUCUGGACUACUGGCGACCAAGACAAAUGAAAAUGGAUGGACGACCUUCUACGAGUAUGACAGUUACGGGCGUCUGACUAACGUCACUUACCCCACGGGCCGAGUGAGCAGCUACCGUACAGACGCCGACAGCUCAGUCCGCAUCCAGACAGAGGGCUCCAACAAAGAGGAUAUCACCGUCACCACCAACCUGUCUGCCUCUGGCACCUUCUACACACUCAUGCAGGAUCAAGUUCGGAACAGUUAUUUCAUCGGUCUGGAUGGCUCGCUGCGGCUCGUUCUGGCCAACGGGAUGGAGGUGUCGCUGCACACGGAGCCCCACCUGCUGGCAGGGACGGUUAACCCCACGGUCAGCAAGAGGAACGUCACACUGGCCAUCGACAACGGCCUUAACCUGGUGGAGUGGAGGCAGAGGAAGGAGCAGGCUCGAGGCCAAGUCACGGUGUACGGACGAAGACUCAGGGUUCACAACAGGAAUUUACUAUCACUGGACUUUGAUCGAAUUACUCGAACUGAAAAGGUCUACGACGACCACAGGAAGUUUACGUUACGGAUCCACUACGACCACGCUGGGCGGCCGACUCUGUGGGCGCCGAGCAGUCGUCUGAAUGGAGUCAAUGUGACGUAUUCCUCUGGAGGCCACGUGGCCGGGAUCCAACGAGGAACCAUGUCUGUACGCAUGGAAUACGACCAGAACGGCAGAAUCACAUCGCAGAUAUUUGCAGAUGGGAAAUCAUGGACCUACACGUAUCUCGAAAAGUCGAUGGUGCUCCUGCUCUACAGCCAGAGGCAGUACAUCUUUGAGUUUGACAAAAACGACAGGCUCUCCUCUGUGACUAUGCCCAACGUGGCCCGGCAGACCCUGGAGACAGCCCACUCCAUCGGAUACUACAGAAACACCUACCGGCCCCCUGAAGGGAACUCCUCGGUGCUGCAGGACUACAGCGAGGACGGCCAGUUACUGCAGACUACCUACCUGGGCACCGGCCGCAGGGUGAUGUACAAAUACGGCAAGCUGUCCAAGCUGCUGGAGAUCCUCUAUGACACCACAAGAAUCGGUUUCUCCUAUGACGAGGUGGCGGGCAUGUUGAAAACCGUCAACCUGCAGAGCGAGGGCUUCACCUGCACCAUUCGCUACCGGCAGAUCGGACCUCUGAUCGACAGACAGAUCUUCAGAUUCAGCGAGGAGGGCAUGGUCAACGCCAGAUUUGACUAUGUCUACGACAACAGCUUCCGUGUUACUAGCAUGCAGGCUGUGAUCAAUGAAACGCCACUGCCGAUUGACUUGUACCGAUACGAUGAUGUGUCCGGUAAAACAGAGCAGUUUGGAAAGUUUGGAGUCAUAUAUUAUGACAUAAAUCAGAUAAUUACUACGGCAGUGAUGACCCACACCAAACACUUUGAUGCUUACGGACGCGUGAAGGAGGUUCAAUAUGAGAUCUUCCGCUCGCUCAUGUACUGGAUGAUGGUGCAGUAUGACAACAUGGGCCGCGUGGUCGCCAAGGAGCUGAAAGUCGGUCCUUACGCCAACACCACCCGCUACACAUACGAGUACGACGCCGAUGGUCAACUCCAGGUGGUCUCCAUCAAUGACAAACCUCUAUGGAGGUACAGCUACGACCUCAAUGGAAACUUACACCUUCUUAGCCCCGGAAACAGCGCACGGCUAACUCCUCUACGUUACGACAUCAGAGAUCGCAUCACUCGCCUGGGAGAUGUUCAGUACAGGAUGGACGAGGACGGUUUCCUUAAACAACGCGGCAAUGAAUACUUCGAGUACAACUCUGCCGGACUGCUCGUGAAGGUUUACAACAAAGUGAGCGUGUGGAGCAUCAAGUACCGUUACGACGGCCUGGGCAGGAGGGUGUCCAGCAGGAGCAGCACGGGCCACCACCUGCAGUACUUCUACGCCGACCUGUCCAGCCCCACCAGAAUCACUCAUAUGUACAACCACUCCAGCUCGGAGAUCACGUCUCUGUACUAUGACCUGCAGGGACAUCUAUUUGCCAUGGAGCUAAGCAGCGGUGACGAGUUUUACGUGGCCUGCGAUAACAUAGGAACCCCGCUGGCCGUGUUCAGCGGAUCAGGACUCAUGAUCAAGCAGAUCCUCCACACAGCCUUCGGAGAAGUUUACCUCGACACCAACCCCAGCUUUCAGCUCAUCAUUGGCUACCAGGGAGGUCUUUACGAGCCAAUGAGCCGACUGGUCCACAUGGGCCGUAGGGACUAUGACGUCCUCGCCGGCCGUUGGACAACGCCAAACCAUGAGAUCUGGAAGCGCCUCAACAGCAACCACAUUGUGCCAUUUAACUUGUAUAUGUUCAAGAAUAACAAUCCGCUCAGCAACAAUGAGGAAAUAAAGUGCUACAUGACAGAUGUCAACAGCUGGUUGGUGACCUUCGGCUUCCAGCUCUACAACGUCAUCCCCGGGUAUCGCAAACCCAACACCAACACCAUGGAGCCGUCGUACGAGCUCAUCCGGACCCAGAUCAAGACGCAGGAGUGGGACAGCACCAAGUCGUUGUUGGGCGUCCAGUGCGAGGUCCAGAGGCAGCUCAAGGCCUUCGUGAAGCUGGAGCGUUUCGGUCAGAUCUACAGAGCCAAAAGUGCCGGAUGUCCUCAGACCGAAGACAAGAAGCUCUUCGCCUCCGGUGGUUCCAUCUUCGGGAAGGGGGUGAAAUUCGCCAUCCGAGAGGGCCGCAUCACCACCGACAUCAUCAGCCUGGCCAACGAGGACGGGCGUCGCAUGGCUGCCGUUCUGAACGACGCCUUCUACCUUGAGAACCUGCACUUCACCAUCACAGGCGUGGACACCCACUACUUCGUGAAGCUGGGCUCAGUGGAGGGAGACCUGGCCCUGAUCGGCAUGACAGUGGGCCGGCGUACGCUGGAAACCGGCGUCAACGUCACCGUGUCUCAGGUCAACACGGUUCUGAACGGCAGGACUAGGCGCAUUACUGACAUCCAGCUCCAGUACGGCGCCCUGUGUCUGAAUACGCGAUACGGCAGCAGCGUGGACGAGGAGAAGGCCCGCGUGCUGGAGCUGGCCCGGCAGAGGGCGGUGGCUCAGGCCUGGGCCCGGGAGCGCCAGAGACUUCGGGAUGGAGAGGAGGGCUCGCGAACCUGGACUGAGGGCGAGAAGCAGCAGCUCCUGGGCUCGGGGAGGGUUCAGGGCUACGACGGAUACUACGUGGUGUCGGUGGACCAGUACCCGGAGCUGGCAGACAGUGUGAACAACAUUCAUUUCAUGAGACAGAGCGAAAUGGGCCGAAGGUGACAUGAACAUGAAGCUCUGGAACGACAGACUCAGAUGUAGGACAUGGGACUUCUUGCCAAAGACAGUUGUGUACAUGACCACCUUUGUUUUCGUUGACUGUGCUCAACUCGGUUUUUAAUAUACUGUAAAAAAAAAAAAAAAAAAAAAAAAACAACAACAACAAAAAACAACAAAAACAAAAGAAAAAACAUGGUUGCAAUCAGUUGCACUGUAUUAAUAGAAGAGUGCCCUUCUCCUUUUGAAGAUUCUUUAACAGUCUUUGCCCUUCAAGUGCGACUGCUAGAGGAUGAAAAUUUGCGAUGUCUGUGACUUAUUUUUGUGACUCCAUUUCCUCGUCCCUGUUGGUGAUUCUGUUCAAAGGAAUCCAAGAGGAGUAUUGGUAAUGCAUUUUGUUCACUGGCUCACUCUGCUGCCAGACUCGCAGAUUGUUAUUCACAAGCUUGCUCCAUUCUGCCUUUUUCUGCGCCUCAGCCAAGGAGAUUCCUUCUCUCUUUUAAUCACUUCUUUUUUAUACUUGAAGCCCUCAUAGCCCCAGUCAUCCAUAAAUAAUGAGAGAGAUUCCUGUUGGCGGUAGAGCCCUUCAUCAAAACCGCAGCUGAACUUGUCAAAGCACCUUCAUUUGUGUGAUGUCUUGUAAUUUUUUUAAACAGGAGGCUCGAUGCUCGUCCGUGGUCUUAACUCUGGAGGCCUCGGUGCACCUUGACCGUGCAUGUCGAUGGCCUUCCAUACGAACAACAUAAUUAGCAAACUGCUUGAUCAAGCUUAAACUGUACGGUAAAGCCAACAAAGGGAUGUGAGGUCAACGUUUGAUUUUUUUUAGUUUGUGUGUAUUUUAAUUUCUAAACUGGAAUCUGUUCCGAGGAAGAAAAUGAAAAUUGUUCUCUGCUCCUUUUUAUUUGACUGUGGUCAAACAACUCGAUUCUGAAAAUAUUGAAGAGCCACUCUAUAACGUGGAAUUAAUGUCUGUAUUAAACAAAAAGGUAUUUUACAGGAAUGGUUUUGAAUUACAUUUUAGUUUGGUUUUAUAAAUAGCUAUAUGAAUUAACAGUAUAACAAAUGUGAAUUUAAAAAAAAAUGUGAACUAUUGUCCCUUUUAUUGUUAAUUGUUGUACUUGAACAAUACUUAAGGGUGUUUCAACACAUGGAAUAAACUAUGAAAGAUGGUUUAGUUAAAUCAAUUACUGUGUUUUUCAUUAGACCUACUACAUUUAACUGAUCUCAAAUGCAUAUGAAAGGCAGUGUUUGUUUAUCAGUGAGCUUUAGUCAAUAUUCCUCACCACAAUGUCUACUCAAACCAAGUUCGGGAUAAAAAUAUUUUAAUUAAAAAAAAAAAAAAAAAAAAUGACACAGGUCUCAUCAGUGAUGCAUCCGACAUCAACAUGAUAUGUGUUUAGAAGAAAAACGGCGUCACAUUGCAUUGUGGGUGAGAUGAAGGAUAUAAAUUGCCUUUGGCCUAAGGGCUGCCCGCAGGUCAGCGUUCAAAGUGCUUUCAUUCUCCCACAAUCGGGUUCCACUCGGUCCCAAGGCUGACGGAAACCGCAUUAGACCUGCAGGUGUACUAGUUCCCGUUUACAGACUAAAGGUUGUCUUUAUAUGCCAACCUUGGAAAUAACCCACUCGGACACAUUCUAGCUCCCACAUGUCUGUGUCCUUUCCUGUGGACACCGCAAAGGACAAUUUACUCAUUGGAAAAUGUCAUUAUGUGAAAACUCAAGAGGAGUCAAGACUAUUUUGGAAAUUGUGUCACUGAGUACUUUUUUGAACUAUGCCGAGCCACUGCACACUCUCGACUUUCUUGUCAUAUUUCCAUUCAACUUCUGGACUCGUUUGUGAGUGUAAGGUGGUGGUAAAGGGGCGCAUGAUUGAGUGUCUCAGUCUGUAUAAAGCAAACAGUUAACACCGUUAUUUAUUUUUUUAUUUUUUUCUGCUGUUGGUACAGUGACCGUUUGUUUCCCAAAAAAAAAAUAAAAAAAAUGUAUGUUUAACAUAUGAAUGAAGGAUAUUUGCAUUGUGGAAUAUUGCACUGAGAACUGUUGCGUGAUGAGACUGUAUCUUUUUCUAAAUUUUUUGGACUUGUUUUGAGUUUUGGUUUGUUCUCAACACUGUGUUUUUAGCGCUUCUCUUUGACCGUGUAAAUAUGAAGACAUCAAAGUAAGCUGUAAAUAAAAUGCAAAUGUAGAUACCUCUUAGAGCUACAUCAGUGACCCUGUGUAGUCUUAAGGUAGAAAAAAAUAAAGGGACUAUUUUGUGUUUA